AUGAAUUUUAGAAUGUUUGGUAAGGUGCUUGAAAAACUAUAUGUUGCCGAAAUACAAAAAGUUUCUGCAGCAGUCGAUAGAAAAAUUGUAGCUUGCGGUGUAACAAAAUUGUUAUGUGAAAGUCCAGAGAUAUUUUCUGGAAAGUAUCAAAACUAUUGGCCCCAGUUAUUGCAGGCGUUAUUAAAAUUCUUUGAAAUGCCAGUGGACGCAAGCAUACUACCCGAUGAUCAUUUCAUAGAAGUAGAUGAUACUCCCACAUAUCAGACAACUAGUGCAAAACUGAAUUUUGCCAAUACUACCAAGAGCGAUCCUCUCCAAGCACAGUCAUUAACGGAUAAACAAUACGAUACAUACAUUCCAAUAUUUUUUACUCACGUAAAGGGGGUCAUAAGGCAAAUAGAUUUAGAAUUAUCGGAACAGGAAUUAAAAGAAAUUAUUGAACCGAAAUUAGGAUAUAAUUUUGAAGUAAGUCUCGUAAAAAGAAUUUCAUGUAAAAAUGACAAAAAUGAAAUUGUUCCAACAACUACAAUUAUAGUUACAUUUAGAGGUCAACUUUUACCCAAUAGGGUAAUAAUAGAAAAAAUAGUGUAUGAACUCGAAAGAUACGUGCCAAGAGUAAUGCAGUGUCUUAAAUGUCUAAGAUACGGCCGUAUUAGUACACAGUGUAGAUCAGAAGAACGCUGUCAAAAUUGUGGAGAAGAUCAUAAAGUAGAAAGUUGA